UCACAGCAGCUUUUCAGCUUUAUCAGCAAGUGAAAGAGGCUCUGGAUUACUUUCAACACAGACUACACAGAACACACCAAUCCAAGUGAACUGUACUUCUCCACAGAUUUCAGACACGAUGCAACUGAUUCUACAGUCUGUCUUCUGCUGCUGCCUGCUGGCCACUGUUGCACCCAGUGCGUACAGUGCGAAACAUGACCUGAGACAAGUUUUGAAAAGAAGUGUCUGGCUACAGAGAUCGAAGAGGGAUUUGAGUCUUGCUACAUUGAGGAGUUCAGAGAACAGCCAAUUUGUCAGAGCAGAUGAUGUGAAAGACAACUUGCUGCCACAUUCAAGCACUGACAUCAACGUGAGGACAAAACGCUCCAAGAACUCUGUUAACCAGUCCAGAAGACCGGGCUGCUCUCUUGGCACAUGCUCAGUGCAUGUCCUAGCACACCGUCUUCAUGACCUCAACAACAAGCUCAAGAUUGGGAAUGCACCCGCUGAUAAGAUAAGUCCCUUGGGUUACGGCCGGCGGCGAAGAUCCGUUCCAGAGAAAGUCAUGACCCUGAGACAGGAGGGCAACAGGCUGCGGCCGGCGUGGAGCAGCUCGGACUCUCAAUCACUGCUGCACAAGUUGGAAGCACUACUCAGAAGGACGUGAGCGGGGUGGGCAGGAGCGCUUGGAGGAUGCGGCAAAAGAGGCUCGCCAGCCAACUCUGAAAUUCUACAAAUGCCUCAGUCUCCUGCCAAGAGUUCUCCAACACAUUCUUUUCCAAACCCAGGGGCAGGGAGACCAAUCUUGUCUCCUGAAGACGGUCCUCAAGGAGAAAUUGUCAAAGCAAAGUGCAGAAACAACAGAGAUGGUGCACCAAAUCUGAAUCAGUGUCCCUUGGAUAUGUGCAAGAAUAAUUUCACUGAACCUGGGCACAGUGGACUAGCUUUAGGGAAAAGCAUAACCUCUUCUACAAGGACAAAUGGACUGCCCUAAUGGUGAACCAGUCAGUGGGAUUAUUAUGGCCCAUAGUUUGACUGUAUGUGUCCAAUGACUGUUACUUAGUCAGAAUAGUCUCUGGACUUAAAGUCGAUUCUGAAGAGUCAUGAUUCUAAAAAGGAAUACGCUGAGAAAUUCUAAGCUUUUCUAUUUGGAAUCACAUUUUCAGACACUGUAAGAAGGAUGAAUGCCUUAGAUUAUAUGAAUUGUCUGUGCCAGUCCAUAAGGAUUGUAUUCUAACUUACUUGAACAUUGCUACUAUUACAGAGAUAUGUGCAAUCUGUAUGUCAUUUUUUACUGCAAGUAUAUGUAUAUUUGAAAAGAAAAUGGUCAAAGAUAUCAUUAUAUUAUUUAAUUGUUUUAUACUACUUUAUACUACUUACAGAGAUAAAACUAUUUUUGUACAGGAAAAGAUAAAGGGCAUUAUAUCUAUUUUUAAUUUGUGUCAAGAAUGUCUUAAACUGUGGUAAUAGGAUUACUUUUUUAUGAAGAUAUAUAUUUGUAAAUGGGAUCUAUUUUUAUUUUGUGUGUGUGUGUAUGUGUGUAAUGAAGCAACAUUGUCAUUUAAUAAACUUUU